AAUGUAAAAAGUUUCACUUCAGUUACUGUCUGGAAAAAAGCUAUUUUAUUUAUUUUAUUUUUUAUUUUUUUUAAAUAAGCUAACCUAGGCAAGCUACUUUAGUUCUUAAAGUGUGGUGCCAUUGUUAAUAAUGACAACUUAACGUACAUUACUCUACGUACCUCGCUUCGAGAUGCAGUCUUCUCAAACUGAAUCGGAAUAUAGCAAACACCAUAAUAUGAACGGGUUUACUCAAGAGGUGACUCCCUUCCUUGGCAUUAAAAGUCCCGAAAUAACACUAUACUUUUCGAGAAAGGUGAAAACAAACCAUCUUUUGAGGAUUUACGCGAAUAUGAGGACCGCGCAGAGAUCGACGGUUAAUCUGAGGGCAUUAAAAGGCGGCAAAGCAAAGCGCGCCAAACGCGUCGCUCGCGCAGGUGAGCGUGGAGUGCAGCCAAACAAAACCAGUGGUGUAAAGUAUUUGAGUAACCUAAAUUCCAGAUCCCGAACAAAACAAGAUGCAUUGCGUACAAUCAAGAGAAUAGUGGAGGAGAACAGGGUCAUCAGAGAGCGGUUACUCACCUUGAGCAGAAGCAAAUGA